UCUACCAGAAACAGCUAAAUUAUCCAGAUUAUUAGGGCAAUAUCAUCUGAAUGUCUGAUCAUCUGAAGAGAUGGAUCCUCCGAUUUUCUCCUGUUCUGCUGUCCUCCUGGUCUUGUUAGGAAUUCUAAGCCAAGCUGAUGGGGGUAAGCUGCUCGUUGUCCCUAUGGAUGGCAGCCACUGGCUCAGUAUGCGCCCUGUGGUAGAGAGACUGGCUCAGAAUGGACACGAAGUGGUUGUAGUAAUGCCUGAAAACAGUCUAGCUUUAAGUGGAUCUAAGUCAUACACUGUAAAGACCUUCACUGUUCCAUUCAGCAGCCAAGAAGUAACUGCAAAAUUACAGAAACUUGGGAGGGAUCACUUCACUUUACCCUCUUAUUUCCCAUGGAUUGCUAUUAGAAUGCUCAAUGUCAUGAUGGAGACGUUUGAUGUGUUUUACACAAUGUGUGAGCGCCUUCUACUCAACCAGGAAUUAAUGGAGGAGCUUCGUCGUGAGAAGUUUGACGCUGUCUUCACUGAUCCAUUCUUACUGUGCGGGGUGAUAGUAGCAGAACAUCUUGAAUUGCCAAACGUGAAUUUCUUAAGGGGGGUUCCCUGUCUUUAUGAUAUUGCAAGUGCCCAGUGUGACACCCCCUUCUCCUACGUGCCCAGAAUAUUUAGUAUGAACUCUGACAAGAUGAACUUUAUUGAACGUACAAAGAACGUACUGGUCAAAAUGCUGGAACCCUACUAUUGUGGAAUUGUUUAUUUUCGAUUUAUACAGUUGGCAUGUGACGUCCUGCAGAAAGAGGUUACGGCUGUGCAGCUCCUCAGCAGAUCAUCCGUCUGGCUCCUGAGAUAUGAUUUUGUCUUUGAAUAUCCAAGACCAGUCAUGCCGAACAUGGUUUUUAUUGGCGGUAUCAAUUGCAACCAUAGAAAGCCUCUAACCAAAGAGUUUCAAGCGAUGGUGAACAGUUCUGGGGAACUCGGCUUUGUGGUUUUCUCCUUAGGAUCAAUGGUGUCUGAAAUCCCAAUGAACAAUGCUAUGGAUAUAGCAGAGGCCCUAAGGUCCAUUCCUCAAAUGGUUAUAUGGCGGUAUACAGGACGAGCGCCUUCAAACCUGGGAAACAACACUCACCUGGUGAAGUGGCUGCCACAGAAUGAUCUGCUCGCCCACCCAAAAGCCAGAGCCUUCAUCACUCAUGCGGGCUCCCAUGGUGUCUAUGAGGGUAUUUGUAAUGCUGUGCCCAUGGUCAUGUUGCCUUUGUUUGGUGAUCAAAUGGACAAUGCUAAGCGGAUGGAAUCCCGAGGAGCUGGCAUAAAAAUGAAUGUCUUGGACAUGACACCGGGAGAUCUUAGCAGCGCUCUGCACUCCGUGAUAAACAUUCCCAGCUACAAGGAGAACAUUCAGCGCCUCUCUGCUCUCCACCUGGACAGACCAAUCCAGCCCCUGGACCUCGCUGUGCACUGGGUGGAGUUUGUCAUGAGGCAUAAAGGUGCCCCUCACCUGCGCCCGGCUGCCCACGAUUUGAAUUGGAUUCAGUAUCACUCCAUAGACGUCUUUGGCUUCCUACUCGCCGUGUUGGUCACCGCACUCUUUAUCAGUAUUAAAUGCUGCUCCUUCACCUACAGACGCUGCUGUGGCAGAAAAUCCAGGCAGAAGUCCAAAUCCAAAAAACAAUAGAGCAAGAUUAUUUAGAGCAGUGGUGCUCAACCUCGGUCCACAAGUACCCCCAACACUUCAUGUUUUCCAGGUCACCUAGCAGGUCACUGACACAUUUUAAAAGACCCACAGGUGGAGCAAUUAUUUCACUUGCAGUCCUGUGAUGAGACCUGGAAAACAUAAACUGUUGGGGGUACUUGAGGACCGCGGUUGAGAACCACUGAUUUAGAGUAAUAACAUAUGUCGCCUGUAACUUCAGUCUAUAUUACAUAAUAAGACUCUGGCCAAUGACGGGAUUAGGAAACAGAAACUAUGGGGGUUAUUCAGGCUUGUUAGCAAACCAAAAAAGCAAGCAAUUGGGUAAAACCAUGCUGCACUCAGUGGCAAACGCAGGAUUUGCAUGGGGGGGGUUUCCAGAACUGGGCGGAGCCAAUCACGGGGGUGGGGACUGAGGUGACCCAGUAUAGGCUGGGUCCGUAAAACUAGUGUGUCUGUGUGUGUGUAUAUAUAUAUAUAUAUAUAUAUAUAUAUAUAUACACAUAUAUCUACACAUAUAUAUAUAU